GCCCGCCCGCCGCGCCAGGCGCCGGGCCCGCCGCUGAGCCCGGCCAGCCGGCGCGCCCCGUCCGGGAUGGGGCGCCUGGACGCCUGAGUCGCCGUUCGGCGCGACCUCCGCGCGGGGGAAGGAGCGGGCGCCGCGCGGCCGCGGUAGAAUGGAGGUAUCCGGCGGCAGCGAUCCCCGCGGCGACGGGGCUGGGGACAGUGCCCACGCCGACCCCCGGGUCCCCGGCGCCGCUGCUCCCAGCUCCGGCCCGUGCGCAGCCGCCCGGGAGUCGGAGCGCCAGCUGCGCCUCCGCCUCUGCGUCCUCAACGAGAUCUUGGGCACCGAGAGGGACUACGUGGGCACCUUGCGCUUCUUGCAGUCGGCCUUCCUACACCGCAUCCGGCAGAAUGUGGCGGACUCCGUGGAGAAGGGCCUCACAGAGGAGAACGUCAAGAUCCUGUUCUCGAACAUUGAAGACAUCCUGGAAGUUCAUAAGGAUUUCUUGGCUGCCUUGGAGUAUUGUUUACGUCCGGAGCCUCAGUCUCAGCAUGAACUUGGGAAUGUUUUCUUAAGAUUUAAGGAUAAGUUCUGCGUGUAUGAGGAAUAUUGCAGCAACCAUGAGAAGGCCCUGCGGCUGCUUGUGGAACUGAACAAGAUCCCCACCGUGCGUGCCUUCCUGUUGAGCUGCAUGCUUCUGGGAGGCCGGAAGACCACGGACAUCCCCUUGGAGGGCUAUCUGCUGUCCCCGAUUCAGAGGAUCUGCAAAUACCCCUUGCUCCUUAAGGAGCUGGCCAAGAGGACCCCCGGCAAGCACCCGGACCACCCUGCAGUCCAGAGCGCUCUGCAGGCCAUGAAGACUGUCUGCUCCAACAUCAAUGAGACCAAGCGGCAGAUGGAGAAGCUGGAGGCCCUGGAGCAGCUGCAGUCCCACAUCGAAGGCUGGGAGGGCUCCAACCUCACGGACAUCUGCACCCAGCUUCUCUUGCAAGGCACUUUGUUAAAAAUCUCUGCAGGCAACAUCCAGGAAAGGGCCUUCUUCCUCUUCGACAACCUCCUUGUUUAUUGCAAGCGGAAAUCCAGGGUCACCGGGAGCAAGAAAUCCACCAAGAGGACCAAAUCCAUCAAUGGCUCCCUCUACAUCUUCAGGGGUCGAAUCAACACAGAAGUCAUGGAGGUGGAGAACGUGGAAGAUGGGACAGCGGAUUAUCACAGCAAUGGCUACACUGUCACCAAUGGCUGGAAGAUCCACAACACUGCCAAGAACAAGUGGUUUGUCUGCAUGGCCAAGACGGCGGAAGAGAAGCAGAAGUGGCUGGAUGCCAUCAUCCGCGAGAGGGAGCAGCGCGAAAGCCUGAAGCUGGGCAUGGAGCGGGAUGCCUACGUCAUGAUUGCAGAGAAGGGGGAGAAGCUUUACCACAUGAUGAUGAGCAAGAAGGUGAACCUGAUCAAGGACCGUCGGAGAAAGCUGAGCACGGUCCCCAAGUGCUUCCUUGGCAACGAGUUUGUUGCCUGGCUCCUGGAGAUUGGUGAAAUCAGCAAGACCGAAGAAGGAGUCAACUUGGGCCAGGCCUUGUUGGAGAAUGGAAUAAUCCACCAUGUCUCUGACAAGCACCAGUUCAAGAACGAGCAGGUGAUGUACCGUUUCCGCUAUGAUGAUGGCACCUACAAGGCCCGGAGUGAGCUGGAGGACAUCAUGUCCAAGGGUGUGAGGCUUUACUGCCGUCUACACAGCCUCUACACCCCCGUGAUCAAAGACCGUGAUUACCACCUGAAGACAUACAAGUCGGUGCUGCCUGGGAGCAAGCUGGUGGACUGGCUGCUGGCUCAGGGUGAUUGCCAGACGCGGGAGGAGGCAGUGGCGCUUGGCGUGGGCCUAUGUAACAACAGCUUCAUGCACCAUGUGCUGGAGAAGAGCGAGUUCAAGGACGAGUCCCAGUAUUUCCGUUUCCACGCUGACGAGGAGAUGGAGGGAACCAGCGGCAGGAACAAACAGCUGCGCAAUGACUUCAAGCUGGUGGAGAACAUUCUGGCCAAGCGCCUGCUGAUCCUGCCUCAGGAGGAGGACUACGGCUUCGACAUCGAGGAGAAGAACAAGGCCGUGGUGGUGAAGUCUGUCCAGAGGGGUUCCCUGGCUGAGAUGGCUGGCCUGCAGGUGGGGAGGAAGAUCUACUCCAUCAACGAGGACCUGGUGUUCCUGAGGCCCUUUGCCGAGGUGGAGUCCAUUCUCAACCAGUCUUUCUGCUCCCGCCGCCCCCUGCGCCUCCUGGUAGCCACCAAGGCCAAGGAGGUCAUCAAAGUCCCGGACCAUCCAGAGGCUCUGUGCUUCCAGAUCCGUGGAACUGCCCCACCGUAUGUCUACGCUGUGGGGAGAGGCUCAGAGGCUGCGGCUGCAGGGCUCUGUGCUGGCCAGUGCAUCCUGAAGGUCAAUGGCAACAACGUGAUGAGUGAUGGCGCCCCACAGGUCCUAGAGCACUUCCAGGCAUUCCGGAGCCACCGAGAAGAGGCCCUGGGUCUAUACCAGUGGGUCUACCACACCCACGAGGAUGCCCAGGAGGCUCGAGCCAGCCAGGAGUCCCCUGGAGAGGACCCUAAUGGUGAGGGGACCCAGGAGGAAGACCAGCCUGACUCAGCCUCCCCUCUGCUGUCCCUGGGUCCCCAGCUGAGUCUGCAUGAGGACAGCCCUGUGGUCAGCACGACCGUGGACAACGUCCACCUGGAGCACGGCGUGGUGUAUGAGUAUGUGAGCACAGCAGGUGUCAAGUGCCAUGUGCUAGAGAAGAUCGUGGAGCCCCGUGGCUGCUUUGGCCUCACUGCCAAGAUCCUCAAGGCCUUUGCUGCUGAUGACAGUGUCUUUGUGCAGAACUGCGGGCGGCUCAUGGCCCUGAGCAACAACAUCAGGACCAUGUCUCACUAUGAAUUCCGCAACAUCUGCGACACCAAGCUGGAGAGCAUUGGCCAGAGAAUUGCCUGCUACCAGGAGUUUGCAGCCCAGCUGAAGAACAGGGUCAGCCCACCCUUCAAACAAGCAUCCCUGGAACCCCAUCCACUAUGUGACCUGGACUUCUGCCCAACCAAUUGCCAUGUCAACCUCAUGGAAGUGUCUUACCCCAAGACCACACCUUCGAUUGGCAGGUCCUUCAGCAUCCGCUUUGGUCGCAAACCAUCCCUUAUUGGCCUUGACCCAGAACAAGUGGGCCAUCUGAAUCCAAUGUCCUAUACCCAACACUGCAUCACCACCAUGGCUGCCCCUUCCUGGAAGUGCCUGCCUGCUGCGGAUGGGGACCUCCAACACCAGGGUCCCAACAACAGCAGCUUUGGGCCAGCCAAUGGAGCCCUUGGCCAGGAGGACCGGGGCCUGAGCUUUCUACUCAAGCAGGAGGACCGUGAGAUCCAAGAUGCCUACCUGCAGCUCUUUACCAAACUGGAUGUGGCCCUGAAGGAGAUGAAGCAAUAUGUCACUCAGAUCAACAGGCUGCUGUCCACUAUCACAGAGCCCACCUCUGGAGGGUCCCGUGAUCCACCCUUGGCUGAGGAGGCCUCGUCCCCGCCGCUGGUCAGCGAAGAGAGUGAUAUGGACAGGACGGACCAUGGGGGCAUCAAGAAGGUGUGCUUCAAGGUGUCUGAGGAGGAUCAGGAGGACUCGGGUCAUGACACCAUGAGCUACCGUGACUCCUACAGCGAGUGUAACAGUAAUCGGGAUUCCGUCCUGUCCUACACCAGCGUGAGAAGUAACAGCUCCUACCUGGGCAGCGAUGAGAUGGGGUCUGGGGACGAGCUGCCCUGUGACAUGCGGAUCCCAUCAGACAAGCAGGACAAGCUUCACGGCUGCCUGGAGCAUCUCUUUAACCAGGUGGACUCCAUCCACACACUCCUCAAGGGGCCAGUCAUGAGCAGGGCUUUUGAAGAGACCAAGCAUUUCCCCAUGGACCACAGCUUGCAAGAGUUCAAACAGAAAGAAGAGUGUACAAUCCGUGGCCGGAGCUUGAUCCAGAUUAGCAUCCAGGAGGACCCCUGGAACCUUCCCAACUCCAUCAAGACCCUGGUGGACAACAUUCAGAGAUAUGUGGAAGAUGGGAAGAACCAGCUGCUCCUGGCCUUGCUGAAAUGCACAGACACAGAGCUGCAGCUGCGGAGGGAUGCCAUCUUCUGCCAAGCCCUGGUGGCCGCCGUGUGCACCUUCUCUGAGCAGCUGCUGGCAGCCCUCAGCUACCGCUACAACAACAACGGCGAGUACGAGGAGAGCAGCCGGGAUGCCAGCCGCAAGUGGCUGGAGCAGGUGGCGGCCACCGGGGUCCUCCUGCACUGCCAGUCCCUGCUCUCUCCGGCUGCCCUGAAGGAGGAGCGGACCAUGCUAGAGGACGUCUGGGUGACCCUGUCAGAGCUGGACAAUGUCACCUUCUCCUUCAAGCAGCUGGAUGAGAACUACGUGGCCAAUGCCAAUGUCUUCUAUCAUAUUGAGGGCAGCCGGCAGGCGCUGAAGGUCAUCUUCUACCUCGACAGCUACCACUUCUCCAAGCUGCCCUCCCGGCUGGAGAGCGGGGCCAGCCUGAGGCUGCAUACUGUGCUCUUCACGCGAGCUCUGGAGAAUGUGGAGGGGCCGCCUCCUCCGGGCAGCCAGGCUGCAGAAGAGCUGCAGCAGGAGAUCAAUGCCCAGUCCCUGGAGAAGGUUCAGCAGUAUUACCGCAAACUCAGGGCGUUUUACCUGGAACGGUCUAACCUGCCCACGGAUGCCAGCACCACGGCGGUGAAAAUAGACCAGCUGAUACGCCCCAUCAAUGCCCUGGACGAGCUCUGCCGCCUCAUGAAGUCCUUUGUCCACCCCAAACCUGGUGCUGGAGGGAGCGUGGGCGCCGGCCUCAUUCCCAUCUCCUCCGAGCUCUGCUACCGCCUGGGUGCUUGCCAGAUCGCCAUGUGCGGCACGGGCAUGCAGAGGAGCACCCUGAGCGUCUCCUUGGAGCAAGCGGCCAUCUUGGCGCGGAGCCACGGGCUGCUGCCCAAGUGCAUCAUGCAGGCCACGGACAUCAUGCGCAAGCAGGGCCCCAGGGUGGAGAUUCUGGCCAAAAACCUCAGAGUCAAGGAUCAGAUGCCCCAGGGUGCACCAAGGCUCUACCGCCUCUGCCAGCCGCCGGUGGAUGGAGACCUCUAAACGCUGCAGUGCCCGGAGUCGACUGCGUCCUCUGGAGCUGGGAUUUGGGAGGACACAGGGCCAUGUCGGUCGGCCUUCCCCAGAGCUGGUCCGAGGCCUCUGCUCCCACCUGCUCCAUCACCUCCUUUGAGGACAAGUGGUGCCCACGCUCUUGGGACAAGCUGGCUGAUUGGCCCGCGGCCUGCACAUUCUCUGAAUUCUGCCAGAUGCCCGAAGGGUACUGGGGACCCACAGAACGGAAGGGUGCAGCCAGGGCCUGGGCUCCUGCCCACAAGUCCCCAGGACAUAGGGGAGAAGUCACGGGCACAGCAGCUGGAGGCCCACAGACCCAGCUCCCCCUGGAUGGCUCAACCUGCACUUUUGAAACCCCUGGUUUCCUUCAACAUCCACAUUCCAGGCGACACUCGUGUCUCCUCCUCCUCACCUUAGCUUCCAGGUUCACCCCUAACCUUGUACUAACCUGCUUGGUGGACUCCGAAAAGCUGGGCUUCUGUCAGGAAAGACAGAGAGACAGGGCACAACGUGUUAGCAAGAGGACACUCAAAAGUGACACCAGCUUCCGACAUCCUGGCCACUGGAACCUGAGCAUUCAGCGCGGGGCACAAGAUUUGCUCCGGCUUUAUUUAUAUGGCGUGAAAUCUCUAUGGUUUAUUUUGGGGUCUUAAUGUUUGUUGAUGUUGUCAGGAUCUUUUUUUUCCAGGUUGUGACUAUAUAUUUGACAUUUUAAAUUUCAAAGAGAAGUAUAUUGUCUAACAGGGGACCAACAUAAGGUAGUAUGGACACCUUUUCCCAGUUCUACUAAAAAAAAAAAAAGAAAAGAAAGAAAAAAAGGAAAACUAAAUUAUUGAAAAGUCAAAAAAUGUCAAUAUUUCAUCAUUUUUACUAUCAGGAUCAUAAGGUAUCACUUUCAGGUAUUGUCUAUGAUUCUCUCCCCCGGCCACCCUCAGUGCUCCAGCCGUUGGUCAGGAUUAGAAUGAAUUACUUUGCUGUCUUUGAAUUCCUGCCAACAAGGGUUGGAGAGGCGGCUGGGUCAGGGCUGGGGUGGAAACACCACCUGGGAUGCUGUUCCGCACAGAUGUCUGUCUGCAGGUAGGAGGGCCACUGGGAAACAAUGGGUGGUGGCUUCCGUAAUUUAUUUUCUUGGCAUCAGCUCAGCGUAGGGUGUUCGGUACUUCUCAGCCAGCCUGAGAGACAGGAAGCCAGCUUGCCUGCUACCUUCUGGGCACAGGGACCCAUCUGAGAUCCCCUUCGCAGUUUGUCCCCUCCAGUUCCUGUAUGCCAGCAGGGAAAUGUCAUAGGUGAGGCAGAAGGGAGGGACUGUCCUUCCGCCCUUGGCUGGUGGGUGAGAGCAGGUGUGGUUUCCACAGCUCCUGAGGCUUGAAGCCAUGCCAGUAUCUUGACCUCCUUGGACCCCAGAAACCUUCUUUUUGUGCCCACCUGUCACUAGAUUGCAAGGGGCGAGCUUGUUGCUGGAAACGGGUAAUACUGUUAGACACAAGGACCUGUGUUAGGCCACUGGCAGGAAUGGACAGGACAGGAGCUCCUGAGUGCACUGGUUUACUUUAAAAUGUACAGAUCUUCUCAUUAAGUCCAUGAUAGAUUUUUUAUAUUAUUAUUAAAGUCAGUUUAUAAUACAAA